AUGAAAGUCCCUGUCGUCUCCACGUUUAAAAACCCUCACUCAUGUCGACACUGCUCCGGGAUCCACCUCGACCUGGACGUCAGACGCCCAAAGCUGCCGUGUUUCUGGUGUGAUUUUGAUGGUGUGCCCAAGGAGACAAGUCACGGGAAAUAUAUCUGUGAACAAUGCACGCGGGAGUUUUUUAUCCGUGACAACACUGAGCAUCACUUUACGCUGAAACUGGGUUAUGAUGUUGAGGGGAUUAGGGAUGCUGCCGAGGAGGGAUGUGAGUUGUACAGUUGGGUGUGGCGGGGGAUUUCCCGGGAGGAUAGUUUGAAAAAAGGGAAAUACCGGGUUGAGCUGUAUGGAUGGAAGACGAGAGGGGGAAGAGAUGGGUUGGGUCUGAUGGUGAGGGUUUUUGAUGGGGUUACUGGGGAGAGGGUGCCGGUUUUGGUAGCGAAUGGGGUGGGGGAGUUGGAUGUUUAUGCCUUUGAGGGGGAUGCUGCGGGGGUGUAUACGAGUUGUAGACCGUAUGUGAGGGAUGUGAGGUCGGAGGAGUCGAUGGGGUUUGCGAGGGGGUGUUUGAGGGGGUGUUUGGAAGGGCAUACGUGGUGUAGGACGGAUCAGAUUAUUGAGAUUGAUAUGGCGAGACGACCGGUGGGGGUUUUAGGGGGGGAGAGGGUGGAGUAUGGGGAUAUUCCGAGUCGGGUUUUGGAUUUGGGGAGGUUGGAUGAGCCAAGGCUUAGACUGGUUGAGACAUGGGAGGAAGGGGAGGAGCUGCUGGGACGGAUUUCGAGGGGUGGGUUUGUGGCUUUGUCGUAUUGUUGGGGAGGUGAUCAGAGAGCUAAGCUCCUGUCGGAGAACCUUGAUGCUUACAAGAGGUCUAUCGACCCUUUGAGUUUGGACCAAACGCUUCAGGAUGCGAUCUGGGUUGCUCGUCAAGUUGGGUUUCAAUACCUCUGGAUCGACGCGCUCUGUAUCAUUCAGGACAACCUUGACGGCUUCGGCACAAACCCGGACAAGGCAUUCGAGAUCACGCGUAUGGCGUCGUAUUAUGGACGGGCUACUCUCACCAUAUUGGCUGCCUCCGCUUCCGCAGCAGCAGAAGGUUUUCUUGCCCCGCGAGCAUUUUCUCCUUUCCGAACUGGACCGGUUUGUGUUCUCCUUAGAAACCACGACACAAAAGAUAUCAUUGGCACGGUUUACCUCGUGGAGGAACAUCCUUCUACACCAGCGGAACCCAUCACUACUAGGGGGUGGACCCUUCAAGAGUCAUUGCUCUCGAGGCGGAUUCUGGUGUUUGCGCAGCGGCAGUUGUACUGGUCCUGCGUCAACUCAUUUGCCGGGGCGGGGGGGGAUGUAACCGUGUUAACAGACAGGAUGAUACCGGGGCGAAGGUCUCUCGUGGAGGGGGUAUACCCUGUUGGGUCACUGAUUGAUACGAGCACCACUGCCCAGUGGGGGGUCAUCGUCGAGCAGUACACCCGGCGCUUUCUUGGACAGGAAGGAGAUAAGCUUUGGGCGGUUGGUGCGUUGGCGGAGCAGAUUGUCAAGGUGGGGAGGGCGAGGGGAGAGAAGAAGAGGUAUGUGGCUGGUUUGCUUAUCGAUGAGGAAGACAAAAAGAGCUGGUUGUCGGCGUUGAUGUGGAGGCCGGUUGAUCCAGGGAGGAAAAGGCCGAGGAGGUACCGGGCGCCGACGUGGUCGUGGGCUGGUGUGAACGGCGAGGUGAGGGUGGGGAGACUGCAGAAUGAAGAGCCGGCAGUGGUGGAGGACUGGGGGGUGGAGUUUGCAGCUAAAGGGGCCGAGUAUGGCGCUUUGAAACCGGGGGCAUGGCUCCAAUUGAGGGGGAAGGUGAUGACGGCUGAGGAAGUGGGUAGGUAUUGGCGGGUUGUUUGGGUCAAGAGUGACAAC